AUGCACAGUCCCAUCCCAGGCCUGGACAGGGUGAUGGUCUUCCUCGCAGCAGCCCUUGCGUCAGCCUCCCUCGCUGUCCCCGAGGGCUGGGGAGAAGAAGGUGUGCAGUAUGGACAGGUGGGGACAGAUGUAACCCUGUCGUGUGCCGGUUCCCGUGCCAGCUCGCCGGUGCAAUGGAGACGGGCAGGUGCUGCGGCAUUGCCGGAGGGCUCGGCCAUCCGUCAGGGAGCCCUGGUGUUGCCACACGCCAGCCUGGCCGCUGCGGGGACCUACAGCUGCCAUGGCGAGGAUGGUGGCCUCCUGCACGCCGUGACCCUGCGGCUGGGGUACCUGCCAGGGGUCCCCUUUGUGUCCUGCAGAGCAUCUGACUAUGAGAACUUCUCCUGCUCCUGGACCUCCAGCGUGGAGACCUUCCUCCCCACCAGAUACAUCACCACCUACAGGAAGAAAUCGCUGACAGGCGAAGAGAAGCGGAGGAACAAGAAUGGGCAUGUGGGGCCAUGCCUGCAGGAUCCAUACCACCCCGGCACCUGCACCGUCCACGGAUCAGAGUUCUGGAGCUCCUACCGCCUGAACAUCACCGAGGUGAACCCCCUGGGCUCCAGCUUCCGCCUCCUCGAUGUCACCAUGCAGGCCAUCAUUAAGCCAGACCCUCCAGAAGGCUUGGUGGUGGAGCCCAUCCCCCUGGCCCCACGGCGGCUCCACGUGAGCUGGAAGUACCCCUCCUCCUGGCCCAAGGAACCCCACUUCCAGCUCAGGUUUCGGCUCCAGUACCGGCCCAUCAUCCACCGCUCCUGGUCCGUGGUGGAGACAGUGAAUCUGUCCGAGGUGAUCACAGAUGCCUUCGCUGGGCUGGAGCACGUGGUCCAAGUCAGCGCCAAAGAUUUCCUGGAUGCGGGGAACUGGAGCGAGUGGAGCGCCGAGGCCCGGGCCACGCCGGUCAGAGACCUGGCCACUGCGGCAAGUGAAGAAACCACUACAGACACCAGCCUGGAGAGCCUGGCCGAGGAGCCCUCCCAGGCUCCCAACCCUGAGCCCAUCAACCACAGCGACCCCCUGGAGAAGAUGGCCAUUCUGGUGUCCCUCGGGAUCUUCGCCUUCUUCGUUCUGGCUGCUGUUCUCGUCAUCACCAUCCUCAUCUGGCUCCGGGUGAGGAAACAUGGCAAGGACGAGACCAAACCCCACAACUUCUUGGUUGCUGCCACCCACUUGAAGGCGCUGCCAAAGGCCCAGAUCCUGUAG